GCUUUAUCGGGCCGUCAAUGUCAUAUCCGGACAACAGUAUAGUUAUAAAGUCCAGUGUGUUUCGUUUCAGAGAAAUGUUGAUAAAUUUAUUAGAAUAAAUGCACAAGAGUCCAAAUGAAGAACAGGAUGAGUGUCUCGUUCUCUCAGAUCAUCUGGAGAGUGUGUAAUUUAUGCAUGUCAGUGUUUUUCUCGCUGGCAACUUACGUGCAGAUAAAUGAUCCGGAUGCUGUUUUGUGGAUGGCUGGUUAUGCAGUUCCAGCUGGACUGUGUUUUUUGCUUUGUUGUCAACCACAAAUAACAGAGUCACUAUUCUGGAGGAGAAUAGCUGAUCUGCAUGUGCUUGUAGCCUCUACGUUUGGAGUCAUCCUGGGCUGGAAGCUUUAUAAAGAGGGAAUUACAGACAUUUUCCAGCAAGAGGAAGGAAGGGAGUGUUCUGGACUCAUGCUGACGGUUUUCUGGCUGCUGUUGUGUCGACAUUCAGGAAGGGGUUCUGUGGGCUCUGUGAGGAUCUGCACUGCUUUGGGAAUCACAGUGUUUCCCUUCAUCACAUGGAUCUAUUACUACAUGAACACAGAGCUGAGGAAACACUGGCCUGAACACUGUACAACUGCUCUCUAAGCAGAAAGAAAAACACUCAACAAACCACGUCUGAGCUCUAGAUCAGCACAACAUACAGAUGAACUAAACUCGAAAGAUCACUUCUGUUUGUGGCUGUUGUGUCUUAAUGGACUAAUAAUAUGACACUAUAUGACUGUAAAGAAAUGUUGAAUAAAUAAGCUUUAAAUAUUGCAAAA